UUACAAACCCUUCCUUUUUAUUUGUGUUCUUACUGAAUUGGGCGGCUCUAUUUCUCAAUCUGAAAAAAAGAAAAUUAGGGUUUAGUGCAAAGCCCGCGAUACUCAGAAUGAACAGCAAGCACGGUGCUCCGAAGCACCAAAACAAAUACGCUUGGAAACCCAACGCCGGCCGCAAAAUCAACGAAACGGAGGUUGGAGGCAGAUUCCGGCCACUAUCCGAGAUCACUGGAGUUUGUCUUCGCUGCAAGGACCAAAUUGAUUGGAAACGCCGUUACGGCAAAUACAAACCCCUUUCUGAACCUGCUAAAUGUCAACUUUGUUCGAAGCGGGCUGUUCGUCAAGCGUAUCAUAAUCUCUGUCCUGGCUGUGCCAAGCAGCAAGGUGUAUGCGCUAAGUGUCGCUGUCGUGUUGACCAAACCAUUGGAAGGGAUAUUUCUGAAGUCGAGGCUGAGCAAAAGAUGCUUCAAGAGGCCAUAAAGAAUGCUCGAGAAAGGGAUAAAAGAACUCUAUUACGUGCUAUGGAAAAAGGCAAAAGUAAGACUUCAAACAAGAAUAAAUCUGCAGAUGAAGAAAGUAAGACUGGGGAUUCAAUUCCUUCGUCAACAGAAGAGCAGGCUGCAUUAGGCAGAACAGAGGAGGACGACGACAAUGAAAGUACUGAUGGCACAGAUGAAGAUGCUUAUGAAGACGAAGAUGAAUGUGAAAAUGAAGAGAAGGAUAAAGAUGAAAACGAGGAAUAGUACAUUAAUCUUGAUUAGGGGUAUGAUUUUGGCAUGAGUCGUUUGAUGAACAAUAUCUAUUUGAAAGGCAAUUUUGAUGGGUCCUUUUGUUUUUAAGAGUUCGUUUGCUUGUACUAUCAAGAUCUAUCGUUUUAUAAAAAAAUUUACAACACAGCCUGAUAAAAAUUUG